AUGCAUGCUAGUCAGAAAUUUCAAGGUGCUAAACCACCUCGUAUUCCGACUCGAUCUGGUAUUGUUCAACAACCAACACAAAUUGCACCAGUUAAACGAUUAGCAAAUAAUACACCAGUAACAAAAACAAGAGCUUCAACUAUGGUCAAAUCACAAUCUGCAUACAAUAUACCAAGAGCAUCUACUGUAACAGUCACUGCUCCAGUUGUUUCACAAAUGAAAAAAUCAAUUAGUGAACAAGAUCUUGUUAAUGUUGUACCUAGAACACAAAAAUCUCGAUUUGGCUUUGUUAAAAAAUCUGCUGACUUAGCUGCUGUUCGAGAAGAUCCACCACAUGUCUCACCAGCAAAACCUGUUGCUUCAUCACGUAUUAGUGGUGCUUGGAAAAAAAAUAGUGACGAUCUAGUUGAUGAACGUGAUCGACGUGAACUUAUUCUUACUCAAAAUGAACUUUUACAAAUAGUCUUUACUAAUCAGUUAUUUAAUGAAAUUGUUCAAUCAAAUCGACAAUUGCAAACAGCUCGUUUCGGUAAAUUACAUCGUGCUGCAUAUCGAAUAAUUAAUGAUAUUAAUAAUUUACAAGAAACAAGAAAAAAAGCUAUUGUAGAUAAAAUCGUUGGAAAUAUUAUUAAAACAUUGGGUGAAAUAUUAAGUAAAAUUGUUCGUUUAUUUAAUGAUUAUGACCAAAAACAACAAACACUUGAUAUUUGUCUUUCAAAUAAACUUGAUCGACUUAAUAUUCAAUCUGUCGUAAAUGAUGUAACAGAUGAAAAUAAAGGUAUUAUAUUUAAAAUGAAACAAAACAAAACUAUC